AUGCAGAGCACCCUGCUGCUCGUCGCACGCGCGCUUUAUGCCGCUAGUAUAUACAUGGGGUUGGGCCGGAUCAUCCACCUGAUGAAAGGACAGAAAUUGGCAACAAUUCGGGUGACUUGGAUAACGAAGAUUUUCAUCACAGGAGAUAUUCUCAGCUUCCUGAUGCAGGCAUCAGGUGCGGGUGUAAUAGUGCAGAGCUCCAAGAGCACAGGUGGAAACAUCAAUCUGGGCGGUCUAUUCGUACAGAAGCAUAUGUUCACAUUGCACUUCUCGAGCAUUCUGAUUCUGAUCCGGUCCAGCUUUCCAGUUGCAGAGUAUAUCCAAGGCUCGGAGGGCUUCCUGCUCCGGAACGAAGUUUUCAUCUACGUGUACGAUGGACUUCUUAUGUUUUUGGUAACCGUCGUGUUUCUAAUCAUCCACUCAUCCACCAAAGAGAAUUCAAUUGUCUCUUGCGUCAGGUGA